CUUUGCUAUUUGAAGCUUGAAGCGCCUAUAAGCAACAAGGAAGAGUCCCAUGCCACAGCUCUCAGCGCAGACUUUCAAGGCGAGAAAGGGAGCCCUUGUUGCUUGGAUUAACUUUUUCUUAACUUCGGUGUCAAAAGAGAGGGUUUAGUCACAUUUUGUGCGAGAUAGGGACCCGCUGCUCGCUGUAUUGUUGUGGUUCUGCGUUUCCCUUUCCGGUUGCACAAACUCAGUUCAUGACGAACAACCUGUUAUGGGGAAUAUCCUCAAGCUUCUAACAAGAGAAGAGCAAGAUUCCGGUGGUAAUAAAAUUGACAUAUUCUUGGAUUUUGAAAAUGCCUCGCCAACAGAAGGAGAGAGGGAAGUUUAUGAGGUAGUGAACGGUGUUUUGGUUGUUGCACCACGGAUUUUAGAAGAGUUACAAAAUUAUCGGGGUGCAAAUGAAGAAAUCAGACAGGCAAUUUCUAAUGCCCUUGAUGAAGAACUGCAGGAAAUGGCAUGGAAAGCAGUUGUACCACUUGUUGGAAAACUGAAGUCAUUUUAUGAAUAUGCUUUAGAACUUGAGACUGUUCUUCCUCAGCUUCUUCAUGCUCUUUGUGCCGGACCAGAGACUCCUCUUGAGCACCUUGAACGACAGCAGGCCCUGGCAAAGCAGUUUGCAGAAAUUCUUCACUUCACCCUUAAAUUUGAUGACUUAAAGAUGACAAAUCCAGCAAUUCAAAAUGACUUUAGCUACUACAGGAGAACGCUUAGCAGAAGAAAAAUGGCAAAUGCGGAUGACGAUAACGAAGGAAUUCAAGUGUCAAACGAAAUGGCGAACAGGAUGUCUUUAUUUUAUGCCUACCCCACACCUCUUUUAAAAACUCUUAGCGAUGCCACAUCAAAGUUUGUAACAGAGAACAAAAGCCUUCCAAUAGAAAAUACAACAGAUUGUCUUAGCACUUUAGCAAAUUUAUGCAGAACUAUGAUAGAAAAUCCGGAAUUCUCUGCUAGAGUUGCAAACCAAGAAACAUAUCUCUUUUGUCUUCGAGUAAUGGUUGGUCUUAUAAUUCUCUAUGAUCACGUACAUCCGGUAGGAGCAUUCGCUAAAACAUCAAAUAUAGAUAUAAAAGCGUCAAUAAAAGUGUUAAAAGAUCAACCUCAAGGUUCUGUAGACGGUCUUCUUAAUGCUUUAAGGUAUAGCACAAAACACUUAAACGACGAAACGACGCCAAAGAACAUCAAAGGCCUUCUUGUAUAAAGCACUUCGCCUCAAGGAAACUUAGGAUUAAUUCAGUUAAAAAAAAAAAAUGAUCCAUGGACGCCAAGAUUCUAAAUAAUACGAAAGCAUUUCUCUAGAAAAAAUGGAACGUACAUUCUAGUUCUGGAGCUUUAGAUUCACUCGGUGAACGCAGCCCAAGAGCAACUCUGAAGGUUUUGGUCUUCGUUUAAGUUUUGAGUAUUUCAGUUUUUUUUUUAACAAGUUAUUAUCUUCCGGCUUAAAGAGGGUUUGGCAGGGGGUUGGGUUUGCAAGGGGGCCAUCAAAGUUACUGCCAGCUCACAGUUUACAUGCGCAAAGAUUCACCGGUACAUUGGCUGAGAAGUUUGACAAAACCAGCGGAAAAUUGUCAGAAAAGUGCACUUUAAAAAUUUCAGAUCAAAAUUUUUCAUUGAGUGUCAAGGGUAAAGUCUGUUGUGUUGUAAACGUAGACAAUCUUUUACCUUGCAUUUCCACUUGGUAUUUCAGUCUUACACAGCGUAGUCCUGCGGCCGCCAUUUUGUGACGCGCACUGACGUCAUAUAAGAUGACUGCCUACGUUAACUCAGAUAAUGACUGAUACCAGGUUGUCUAGGCUUUCUUUGGCGGCCUUCGACAAAAGCUGUGUUUUAUCCAGGUUUCCUAGAUGUAAGAAAACAGCGGUAUUUAAAUAUGAAAACCUUUAUGACCGCUUGUUUCGUUGUUUAUAACUCGUAUCUUUGUGUAAAAAUAAUUUCCAGGCAGUGAAUACGGAAAGCGAUUCAAUUCCAGCUUAACUAGGGCUUUCAUUUGAUUUUGUAAAUAAUCGUAAUUUUAUUUCGUUUGUCUUCAAAAUAUUACUUAUAUUUAAAGGGACACUGUCAUUUUUUUAACGAACUCACCGCGUUUGGUUUGGUUUUGUUUUUUAACUUCUGAGUACAUUAAAUUAAGAACUCAAGAAUUCCGUUCAAGCUAUUUUUCCUAGCCAAACCAAAACCACUUCUUGUUACUCUCACUUGCGUUUUCCCGCGUUUGACACCGUUGCCGCGUCUGAGAACUGUUGCUUGUCUUAACUUCAAGCUGAUUGGGUCGUUGUUCUUUUAAGCCUCCCGUGAUUGGUCAGUGUGAAUAACUCCGUUUUUCAUUCAUGAAAGUAAUUAUAAGACCACUCAAGCAAGUCAAAAUCAAAAGGCACAGGUCACAUGCAAAGUCAAAUGAAAGCCUUGUGUACAGAGUUAUAAAAUGGUUUACACCAUUAGAUUCCGGAUUUGUUACCAUUAGAUAGUAUCUAGAAAUGCCUCUAUAAUAUUUAGAAUAUGAAUAAGUAGACUUUCAAUUGUUUUAAUUAAGAUCUGUGAAUUUUUGUAUGAAAUGCGAGUAUAUUUUGUUCAACAUUUCUCCUGUGAAAUAAGUGCACUAUUAAUUUAGUUUUGUAUCCUGUAGGCCAAUGAAAUUGUAUCUAAAAUAGCCCUUUUAUGAAACUGGUUUCUCCUGCAAAACUGUGUGAACUAAAACGCAAAUGCUAUUGACUGCUUGUUUGUUCACUAGGCAAAAGUAUUCAUUGCUUUCUAUAUAAUAAGUCAAAUGAUUCUUGCA